UCUGCGGCGAACACCGCGAAUACUCGUCGAGAACCAGAUGAACAACUCUCUCACACUCGGCAAGGCACGCAGUUGGUAUCUGAAGGCGCAGCGACUGUGGCCUAAGAGCGGUCGUGCCUACAACCAGCUUGCCAUACUGGCAACAUACGUGCAUCGUAAGCUGGACGCGGUGUUCUACUACAUGCGCAGUCUCGCCACGAGCACGCCCUUCCCCUCCGCUCGCGAAUCUCUCGCUCAGGUCUUCGAGGAGGUCCGAAAGAAGGUCGCCGAACGUAAGCGCGCGGAGCAAGAGGGCGCCACCGUGCGGCAGCUGGCGCGGCAGGACAGCAGGGGGCGCCACGAGAUCUGGCUCCACCAGGACGGGAGUCGCGGUGGGGCCGGGCCGGACCUGGAGGGAGUGAGCGUGCUGGAACAGCUAUCUGUCGUAGAGAGUGGUUUCAGCACUUAG